GUGAAGGUUGGAUGUGCGCGUGCGCAGUGAAAGCUGUCUCUGCUUGAAGACUCGGAUCCUGAUUCUAUUAUGCGCAGCACUAGAUCACAGUCCCGAUGCCAAAGCCAGAACACCAUCGACUUUCCGAAACGGAAAUCCAUAAGAACAGCUCAUAAACAGCUGGAGAAUGAGAGAACUUCAAAGCUGGAUCCAACACCACUGUCGGUCUCACCACGUUCCUCCCGGGAGCAGGUCUUGCCUCUUAGCCCUCGCAAGCGCCUAGGAGAUGACAACCUCUGCAAUGUUACCCAAGUGUUGACCUGCUCCCCAACUAAGCAGAGUAAGAAAGAGAACAGCUUCUCGCCUCUCUCCCCCAAGGGACGACGUUUACUCUUCAGUGAACAGUCAGCCACCAAGUCUCCAACUAAGAGUAGCGAUUUAGCCCCCUCUCCCCUCCUCAGGUGCCAGGAGACUCCCAAGACUCCACUGCAAAGACGUCCUAGAAAAGAGUUGGUGUGUAUUCGUCUCUUUAAGCAAGAAGGCACCUGUUACCAACAAGCGAAGACUGUCCUGCACACAGCUGUUCCAGACCAGCUGCAUGCAAGGGAGACGGAGAUGUGCUUCCUGCAUCAGUUCCUCAAGGAGCAUCUCUGUGGAGAGAAGCCCGGAAGCCUUUAUGUCUCUGGAGCCCCCGGCACAGGGAAGACCGCCUGCCUCAGCAGGGUGCUGCUGGACUUGAAGAGGGAGCUGGCAGGGAGCAAAGUCAUUGUCCUGAACUGCAUGGCUCUGAAGAACUCCCAGGCUGUUUUUCUGGCAGUUGCUGAACAGCUGGGCCAGGCAGGAGCAGACAAAAAAGCCCAGACCAACACUAUCAGGAAGCUGGAGAAACGGUUGACGGCAAGAAGCGGCCCCAUGGUUUUGGUUGUGCUGGAUGAGAUGGAUCAGCUGGACAGCAAGGGGCAAGAUGUACUCUACACAGUGUUUGAGUGGCCCUCCCUCCCCAAUUCCCGGCUCGUUCUCAUUGGGAUAGCCAAUGCUCUGGAUCUCACUGAUCGCAUCCUGCCCCGCUUGCAGGCUCGCCCCAAGUGCCGCCCACAGCUGCUGAACUUUCCCCCAUACAACAAAGACCAACUUGCCUCCAUUCUUGAGGAACGCUUGAAACAGGUGUCAGGGGAGCAGGUGCUGGACAGUGCUGCCAUCCAGUUCUGCGCUCGGAAAGUGUCGGCAGUCUCCGGGGAUGCUCGCAAAGCGCUGGACGUCUGCAGGAGGGCUAUUGAAAUUGUGGAAUCCAAUGUGAAGAGCCAAACCAUCCUUAAACCGUUGUCUGACAGCAAAUCAUUUUCAAAAGCAGCUGCAGAUUCUCCAGCGCCCAAACGGGUGGGAGUGAUCCACAUAUCCCAGGUGAUCUCUGAUGUGUAUGGCGACCGGAUGGCAGCUGGUAAUGGCUGUGGAGACGCUGAUUCCUUUCCAUUGCAACAGAAGGUCUUGGUCUGUUCUCUGCUGCUUCUGACUAAGCAACAGAAAGCAAAGGAGGUGACCCUAGGAAAGUUGCAUGAGGCCUACAGCAAAGUUUGCCGGAAGCAGCAAGUGGGAGCUCUUGACCAAUCAGAGUGCCUCUCGCUGUCAUCCCUUUUGGAAUCUAGAGGUGUUCUGGGGCUGAAGAAGGCUAAAGAAGUUCGGCUGACCAAGGUCUUCCUGAAAAUAGAUGAAAAGGAUAUCGAGCAUGCCCUAAAAGACCGCAUCUUGGUUGGAAACAUCUUGGCAGGGGGGCUUUAAAUGGUUGUGUGCCUCUCGCCUUGUGCAGUGACAGCGAAGUGGCCCAACUCCUUCUUGGGUGCUAUUAUCCUUAGAAACAGCCUUUGGUGAAACGCAUCAGCUAGUGAAUGCCUCUGAAUCCUUGGGGCAUGGGGUUUCUUAACAAUAUUGGUGUGUCUUGUUCUAAAGAUGCCCUGUUUUUAUCUUCAAGACAUUUUUCUAAACUUUUUAGAUGUCUGUUUAUUGGCUCUUUUGGUUUGGGGUGGAAUGGAGCCUCCUUCCAUCUCUUAGUGUUCAGGAUGUGGACUUCUGUGCAUCACCAAACAUCACUCUCUUCCCUUGCUUUCCUGAAUGCCAGAAGGAUCUCUCCCCACCCCCUUUGACAUCCUUUUCUUCACUACACCCCUCCCCAUCUGUACGCACACAUUGGAACGGCUUGCGCUGCUUCUGGUGUGUGCAUUGCACAUGUGUCUUUAAACAUCAGAGAUGAAAGAGGACAGCGGGUGUCAGCAAGAGAGCCCGUUCACAGAAACAAAACCCUUAACGUCGCAGGAAGAAAUAAGAAGGCAGCUGCUUCUCUCCCAAGUUCUUUGAAGUUGGACUGUUUCCGUGAAGCAGAUGUCAAUCUUGUUAAAGCUUAGCGUCUCAGGAGCUGGUUGUGGGGGGUGACACGCACAUACCCACAGGCUCUGCACAUCUUAACGUUUAUGAACUAUGGAUGCAGCCACGACAUUGAGGCUAGGUUAGACCUGUGGGGCAAAGAGCUGGUUCUCUGCUGCUUUUUGCAGAGAGUUAGCUGGCUCGGUUUGACAACUUUAGCAUGAAUUUAAUGUUCUCAAUAACAACACACGGCAGAUUUUGGAAUCCAAACCUGCUUUGUGUGCGUGUCUUUGAAUACUUUUUUAGCCGAAUGACCCAAUUAGCACAUGAAUUGGUAGGUGUGUUCCCCCUCCUUUUAUACUGGCCUUCAAUACAACAGAGGAGAAAAUCCCUCCUCCCUGCCCCCAUGCAGCAAAUGUACUUAUAGCCAGAUAUUUUAGCACUGGAAUAUUAAUUUCCUAUUGUUGUUUUUGA